AGAGGCGGGAUCCCCCCCCCGAAGGGGCGGGGCUUAGCGACUCGGGCCCCCGUGAGUGGAAGCUCCGCGGGGCGGGGGCGGGGUCUGGCUGCGCGUGCUCAGUGCGAUCCCGUCCCUGUCCCGCCUGCCCACUGCGCCAUGGACUUUGGCUCCGCUCGGCGAGCCGUGCUUCAGCUGCUCGGGACCACGGCUCCAGCAGAUGUCCCGGCGCUGCUCCACUGGAUGAGAACUACCCGCGAUUUUGAUGAACUCACGCGAGAUAACCGCGACGCCGUGUUGAAGAACGUCGCCGACGACCUGCGCUGCCGCCUCCCCCCAGAGGCCGUGCUGGGCUCGGAACAGCUAGCCCUGCAGAAGAUACGACAGCAGACGGAACCCACAGUUCACGUUGAUGCAUUCCUUUAUGAUGAAGACGUUAUUGAUUCAUUGUGUGAGGAAGGAAAAAUGAGCAGAAACUACUGUACUGUGUGUGGCUCUCACCGGACGGCACCUUUGGGAUUUAUUUCUCAUUCCUUCUCCCUCAUGGAGCUGAAGUUCAUCUAUCUCCAUGUACUGCCCGACCUGUCAGGGAAGCUCUUGGUUGACAUUGGCUCCAGACUUGGCACAGUGCUCUAUGGGGGCUAUCUCUACAGCUCAGCGGCACAGCUCUGCGGAGUAGAACUGAAUGGAGAAUUCUGCCAGUUGCAGGAAAUGAUCAUUAAAAAAUACCAGUUCGGGGACAGAAUAAAGGUGCUUCAUGCAGACAUCUGCACCCAAGGCCCCCUUCUGCAAAGUGCCGAUGUCAUUGUGAUGAACAAUGUCUUCGAAUAUUUUCUUACUGAGGCUGAACAGGCCAGGGCCUGGAACUACAUCAUCCAAAAUGUAAGGAAACAAGGGUCACUAUUAGUGACAGUACCGAGUCUCCAAGAUUCUCUCGUAGGCCUUGAGAUUAAUGUGCAGCUGUCCUCCUGGGUGGAAGAGAUACCACUGGACCUCAAUGUGUACCCAGAAAGGGACAUGGACAGAGAAGCUCUGGAACAAAUUCACUUAUAUAAGGUUCUCUAGCACUGAAGCAGCAUCUCUAGUGUGGUGUUAACCCAUCUGCUUUGUGUAUUCAUUUCAAGUUUUAUAUGUAUGAUUAUGUGCCUGUAAAUAGUUGCAUAUGACUAUCCAUAUACACCAGUUGUACAUGGAUAUAAGUAAACUGUAAUUAGAUAAUUAAAUAUUUAUCUGAAA